GCUGAAUUUGCCUCCAGUAGAUCGAUCUUCGAUCCGAAGAUAUUCAAUUAACUUUUGUUUUUUCUUUCGGUACAAAGAAAGAUUUAAAUAUGAACACGAAACAACUACUUCUGACAACGAUGUUGAUGUUUGUGGCGCUUAAACCGGUGAAAAGUUUGACUGUUGAACAAAUGGAGAAGAUGGCGAAGGGAAUGCGGAACGUAUGCUUGCAGAAAAUCGACACUACCGAAGCUAUGGUUGACGGGCUCAGACGAGGUGAAUUCCCGGAGGACGAGAAUCUUAAAUGUUAUACACAUUGCAUUAUGAAGACCAUGCGAAGUUUUAAGAACGGAGCCAUUGACUUCAAUAUGACCAUGAAGCAAAUAGAUAUGUCGAUGCCAGCUGAUAUGGCAACUCGAAUGAAGGAGACCGUAAGAAAAUGUUCUGAAUUAGAAAUUACGGGCGAUCCGUGUCACAUAACGUUCGAAUACCUGAAAUGCAUCUAUCGAACGGAUCCAGAGACGUUCUUCUUCGGCGAUAGAUUUCGAGUGGCACGGUCAAACUCCGUCCUUCUUUCGAAGAAAGAACAAUAUCGUGACGGAGUUCCGAAGAAAUUUUUAGCAAUAAAAAGUGUGGAAAGGAUGAAAGGGUACGGUGCUAUACUGCUGAUCGCGUUGAUGAUCGUCUUAACGACGAUUAAGCACACGGAAAGCAAAAAGAUGACUAUCGACGAAGCGAGAAAGACGGUUAAAAACCUGAGGAAAGUGUGCAGUAAGAAGACUGAUGCACCGAAAGAACUUUUGGAUGGUCAGCACAAGGGUGAGUUUCCAAAGGACGAGCGAUUAAUGUGUUAUCUGAAAUGCAUCAUGACUUCGACAAAAUCGAUGAAAAACGACAUGAUAAAUUGGGAAUUCUUCGCUAAAAAUUCUCGUCUCCUAUUACUGGAGGAGUACGUCCCGCGAGUGGACCACAUAAUUGAAGUGUGCCAACCCCAAGUGACGGCCACGGAUGGAUGCGAAGUCGCGUGGCAAUUUGCCAAAUGCAUGUUCGAAACGGACCCGGAGAUGUACAUGGCGCCCUGAACAAUGAUUCAGAAAGUAAUUCACGGUAUCAUCAGAGAAGGAAAAGAAAUGUUCGAU